UUUACCUCAAGAAUGGCAGUAUCAAUGCUAUUAAUCCUAAUUCUUACAACAAUCAUUAGCACUAAUUAUCUUACCCUAGCCCAUGAAUCAAGCCCUCUUCAAGAUUUUUGUGUUGCCGAUUUCAAAAGUCCAGUGAGGGUGAACGGCUUCACUUGCCUAGAUCCUAAACAAGUGAAGGCCGACCACUUCCAUUUUCGGGGCCUACACAUCCCCGGAAACACCUCGAAUCCUAUGGGAUCCUUCAUAAACCGGCCCACAGUCUUCGAGAUCCCGGGGCUCAACACUCUCGGUAUCUCCACCGUGCGUGUGGACUACGCGCCCCGAGGGGUGGUCCCUCCCCACCGCCACCCUCGCGCCGCUGAGGUACUGACGGUGCUUGAGGGCACCGUGCUCGUGGGAUUUGUGACGUCGGAUCCCGAGAACAAGCUAAUCUCAAAAGUGCUGCAGAAGGGCGAUGUUUUCGCGUUUCCAUUCGGAUUGAUUCAUUUUCAACAGAAUGUAGGGGAAAACGAUGCCGUUACAAUUGCGUUUUUGAACAGCCAAAACCCCGGCGUGAUCGCCAUCGCAAAUGCCGUAUUCGGCUCUGAUCCGUCGAUCGAUGUUGAUGUGUUAGCCAAAGCUUUCCAGGUAGACCAUGCCAUUGUUGAAAAGCUGCAAGCUCUUUAUAAAUUAUAAACGUUUUUUUGUCUUUA